CUCGACGCCAUUUUUCGGCUGCGCUGCGCCCUAGGAGCCGUAGCACUCGCGUUGCAUUCGGUCGGCGUCGCGCAGGGCCGCAACUGCUGCCCGCGGACCCGGUGCGGCUGCGAAGGGCAGCACAAAAAUGGCAGCCCAGGUGCUCGAGAUGAGCGGAGGCGGCUUCGAUUUGGACGACGUCGAGGCCGUAGAUCUGGACGCGGCCCCGCCGCCGCCCGCCGAGGGCGUCAAGGUGGCCAUCGCCGAGUCCGAGUCCGACGACGACGCCGCCCUGCCGCAGACGGCAGCGGCGCCCUCGGCAGCCGGCACGGCGGGGGCGUCGUCCGCGAAGGCGGGCAGCGCCGCGGCGGCGGCGAAGGCGCAGACGGCAGCGUCGCACACCUACGACAAGGGCUACAAGCGCUGGGAGGACUUCGACGUGGACGCGGCGGCCGACGCGGUCGACGUCGACGACUCCUUCCGGAAGGCCGAGACCUACGCCGGCUCGAAACCGGGCUACGUCUUCAAGACCGGUCCUAGAGGUACGGGCUACUAUCGAGAUGUAAAGCCGAAAGUAGUAGCACCCACAAAACCACAACAAAAGAAGAAACCUGCCCCGACAGUAACGGAGGACGGCGUCGACCUGACGCUGCCCCUAUUCGCUUCCGUACCGGAGAACCAGCGGCCCGCCGCGGCCCGCGCGCUCUCCCUGAAUGACGCUGCUCUCCAGCAACUCCCGGAGGACCAGCAGAAGACGAUCCGCGACUUCAAGCGCUGCUACGAGAAGCAAAGAGCCGACAAAGCCGCAGGCAGACAGCCGGGCCGCGUCGACGCGCCCGAGCAGUCGCCCGAGGACAUUGAUUGGACUUUACCCAUCCUCGCGAAGGUACCGGGGGACCAGAGACAAUCAAUAACCAUGCUGCUGCUCAUGGACGAGUCGCAGAUGAAGACCCUGCCCGCCGAAUCGCGGGAGACGGCCCAGUCCUUCCGGACGAUGUACACCGAGGAGAAGGAGUUGAAGGCCCAGGGCCCCGAGGCCAUAUUAAAGCACGCCGAGCAAAAGAAGAAGCAGAAGACGCCCGAGGAGGAAGCGAAGGAAGCGCGAGAUAGGGUCAUGAAGCCCUUGGUGGACUUGCACAACGAAAUGACGAAGAUGAAGGGCUGGCAGCUGCGGGAAUCCAGGGCGGCCUGGGACGCGCUCGUCGCGACGGAGCUCGCCGAGAAGCGCGCGGCGGAGGCGGCGGAUUUACGGAGACGGACGAAGAACGUGAACGAGGCCCUCGACGAGGUCGCGGUGGACACGUCCAAGGGCGCCCUGCGCCUGGAGCGCGCGAAGGACAAGUCGCUCAAGAAGAAGGAGCGCGCGCGGCGGAAGGACCGGAAAGACCAGCUACAAAAAAUGCGGGCGCUCGCGUCGGCGACGAGUAACUUGGUCAUGUAGCCG